AACGCAGUUGGAAUGCAACAAACAUCUCGAUAGCUAUCAAUAGGGAUUCUGGGGCCGAAGCUGUUAAAAACACAACCGGGGCGUGGAAUCAAUGCUGUGAACGAAAUUAGGUUACACAACGAGUGGGUGAUCUUUUGUGCCGUUCUGUCAGUGUCAACAUCUGAACUUGAAUACCCGCUCCCUUCCUCCUCUUCAGCUUUACCUCACCUUGUACAUCACCAGUACAUAUGAAAAUAAUCUUUUGUUUGCUGGAGCUUUCAGAUACAGUAUGCGAUUACUAGUCCCCGUAUGAUUAGCUUUUGUUUUGAGGAUGAGUAAGUGGUGACGUCACAGACUAUCGAGCGGAUACUUGUUGAACUCAAAGUUUCCCUCGCCGUACUUGCAAUCACUUUACAUCGUCACAAUACUCAGCGACCACAUCACCGACCAUGGACCCCAAAGCUCUUAACCAAAGCCUAUCUGCACCAACCUUGCGGCGGACCACAGACCCAAUCCGUCCUCGGCCAAUCAUGCCCUGGGGUAGAGUGAUAGUAUAUGGUCUGUCGGCCGGUUUCUUAGGAGUUGCUGCUAUGACGGUUAGCGAAAAAGUCGAACAGUUUUUUACAGGCCGCCCCAACUCCUACGUGCCAGCCAAAACUCUCGCUGCGUUGCUUGGGGUCACUCCUCAAAGCGACCAGCAGUUGUGGGGUCUCAACAUGACAAUGCAUUAUGGCCAAGGUGCAGCUGCUGCCGUGAUCAGAGCAGUUGCAAGUUAUUCUUUGGGCAUGAGAGGGCCAUUCACCGACUUUAUGUUUAUGGGUGUUAGGCUGUUGAUUGACCAGACGCUGGAAAAUUGGACGGGCGUUGGAGCUUUGCCUUGGACCUGGCCGGUAGACGAGCAAGUCGUGGAUCUGCUGCACAAGGGCGUUUUUGCAUUUGCCACAGGGUAUUUGGUGGACUGGUGGAUUCAGUAACCGUGAGUUGGAUCUCGAGAUGCAGAUGAGCCAAGCAGACAGAUGGUUUAGCGAGAAAGAAAUAAAGAUCCGCAAGCUUUUCCAAAC